UACCUUUCAUAUUAGUUUUGAUUACGGUUGCGGACAGUACAAGACUCGUCAAGCUCCCUUUAGAUUCAUUUGAGCAACUGAAGCUUACUAAAAUUCUAUCAAAGACAAUGAUGUGGAAGAAGGCUACUAUAGCGUUGUUAAUUGCGUGCAUUUUGUUGCAGCAAGUAUCAGCGCGUCAUCGUGACAAAAGCUCCAGCUCAUCAUCAUCUUCAUCAUCAUCCUCAUCAUCUUCCUCAUCAUCUUCCUCGUCAUCAUCCUCAUCAUCAUCAGAAUCUUCCGAAGAGUCGCCGAAGGGCAGAAAUAAGUGUUGCUCUGAUAGCAGCUCUAGCUCUAGUUCGAGUGAAUCUGUUGAAGAUCACAAGGCAGAUUUUGAAAAACUGCUCAAGGAUUUUGCAGAUCAGUAUUACGAUCUCGUAAAGUUCGUAAACGACAAACGGAAGUCUGUGGCCAAAAAGUUUAGUAAAAACCAAUUAGUUUCAAAAUUUAAGAUUGCAGCUGUGGAUGAACUCAAGGUUAUACUUACAAUAAAUAUUGGUGACGACCACGCAUUUAAGAAUAUCCAGAACUCGGAGGAUGCAGAUUUGAUUUUGCGUUACUUUAAAAAAACUAUGGUAUCCAUAAUUCAAUUAAGCGAAUUGAUAUUAAAAUAUCAUAGCUUGAAAAAACCGACUGCUGAAGAGAUACUAAUACAGGAAGCGCUCGAGCAGUGCGAUGCUUAUGAAUUGGUCGUAAAAAUACAGAAACGUUUCGAAGAUUUCUGCAAAUCGUUUGGCGAAAAGGUACGCGAUUAUGUGAAAGACAUACCGAAGACGCAGAAGGCUAAGGAGACUAAAAUCGUCAACUGGUAUGAGGAAUUCAAGUCAACCGAUGGUUUCGGAAAUGAAGUUACUAAACUAACCGAAUUCUUUUCGAUCAGCCAAACAAAUUUGUAAAAUAUAUUAUAUAUAAGUGAUGAAUUGAGAAAUAAAUAUUAAAGCAAUUGAAGUAUAUUUUGAAAUAGCAAA